UGAGAGAGUCGGCAAAGACGAGAGAAAGAGCAGCAGUGAAAGAGGCCGACUGACAGACUGAGAGAAAAGAGAGAGAGAGCGAGAAAGAGAGAGAGAGAGAGAGAGAGAGAGAGAGUAAGUGAGUCACCAAAUAGCUUGCGCUCUCAGUGUCGGUUUUAUUCCAACCACGGACAGCUGCUGUGAUCAAGCCAGAGAGGAAAGAGAAAGUGUGUGUGAGAGAGAGUUUUUAUAGAAAGAGAAGAGAAGGGAGAAAGUGAGAGAGAGAGAGAGAGAGAGAGAGAGAUGGAUUCGGAUUCGGGUGAGCUGAGUGAAGGAGAGCUUUCUCCAGGUAAUGCAGAAUCUACAUAAACAUCUGUAUACCACUGUAUAAGCCCCUGUAUUCAGAGUGCAGUGAGGAGGUCAUGCUGAAACACACAUCGCUGUUCAGACCUCAGGCGGAACUACAUACACACUGCAGUGCUGUUCAGACGCUGGGUGAUAACGCACACAGGGGGCGGAGUUUGAGUAAAAAAGAGGGCCCGAGAUCUUCAACUCAAAGAACCUGGCCCUGCAGGCGCAGAAGAAGAUCCUAAGCAAGAUGGCGACGAUGGCGGUGGCCAACCUGCUGACAGACGACACGAGCAGCUCCAUCCUCGACGAGCUGUACAAGGCAAGCCGAGAGUUCACCAAGAGCAAGAAGGAGGCACACCGCAUCAUCCGUGACGUCAUCAAGAUCGCGCUGAAACUCGGCGUGCUCUACCGCAACCGGCGCUUUAGCACCGACGAGCUCGAAUCGGUCGAGCGUUUCCGCAAGAAGCUGAACCAGGCGGCCAUGACGGCCGUGAGCUUCCACGAGGUGGAGUUCACCUUCGACCGUGGCAUCCUGUCUCAGCUGCUCCUCGAGUGCAGGGAUCUACUCCACGAGAUUGUAGAGAACCACCUGACAUCUCGCUCGCAUGCGCGCAUCGACUGCGUCUUCAACCACUUCUCCGACGUCCACUUCCUGGCCGAGCUCUACGGCUCCGGAGACGAGUACAGACUCUACCUGAGCAAAAUCUGUGAUGGGAUAAACAAACUUCUGGACGAAGGGAUACUUUAGUGACGUCUCACCUUUCCCCUUGUUUACUCUCGCUAUUCUGCUCCUUUUUCUACCAGACUGCCAAUCAAUCUCCUCCAUGUGUUUCUGUUCUUUCAUGCUGUUCUCUUCAACUAUUUCACCAACUCCGUUUCUUUGUACUGACUCCACCCAUGUACAUUUCAGAUCGUGUAAUGGUUAUGAUUCAGAGAGGUAACAGAUGCUGUUCUAUUGGCCAAAAUCAACCACAUGGUCACCAACAGUGCUAGAUAUACAGUAUAUGAUGGGACCACAGGUACCAAAGCCAUGUGGAUUGUGUUAGCUUGCUAUUCACGGAGCUAGAACACACUU